AGCGCACCAGGAAGUCCAUCCGCUGUCACCUGACAGUGACGCAGGCGCUUCCCGAAAGUCAACAGCAACAGCGGAAAAGCUCAACAUGGCUCCCAAACUUGAACUUCCAAACGCUGCAGCGAUCACCUGCCUCUUAUUUCUCUCUCUGAUACCCCCGGCGGAGGCUUACGAUGCGGGCGACGCUUUAGCCCUGCUUCUGUGCACCAUCCUGACCGUGGUGGGGUUCUGCGCCUUCCUCGGCUGGUACGCACGGAGGCGGAACGGACAGCAGUGAGUGCGCCUGUCCUGUCCUGUUCUCAUCCACCGCAUUAAUACCUCUCUGCCUGAUCUACUGUGGACCUUAUGGCACUAUGAUUUGUGUCGAAGCGACUGAUAAGAAACGUGCCUUACUGGGAUUAAUGUGUCGAGCGCAAAGAGAACUGCGAAGACAACCACGUGUUGCAGAAGGUGGAGGGAAACAUCCAGGAAGUCCAACAAAAAGGAGCCGUUAUGUGUUACACUGCUGAGAUUGAAAACCAAAUACUAUUGCCUUCUCUAUACAUAAGACUUGCUGCAGUUACUGCAUAUUAUCCCAAGGAUGCUUUCAUUGCUUAUAUCUUCCAUGCUUGGAGUGAUCACUGAUUUCUUG